GACUUCAGCUGUUACUCUCAUUGAAAGAUCAGUAUUUGCUUUUGCUUUUGUUUGGUGUUUGUGAUGCACUUUCAGUUCCAGUUCGGUAAAAGAGACGAAAGGAUAUGGGUCUGCUUCCGAAUCAACUCCAAGGUUCUCUCUUCCUAAACCACUGGGGUUUCAACUGUUGUUCCCCCAGCCAUGCCCUGAUGCUGCUUCAGCAAAAUUCACGUUCAUAUGGCCGACAAUGUGGACGCAUUCAAUCCUCUUUGCAAGGUGGUAGGGAGGUAAUGGAUACUUUUGUGAAAAGCUCACUUCAUUCUCAGGGCAGCCUGGUGCGCAAAGCUCCUGCAUAUGCAGGGUCCAGGGAAGCGACGGACCACCAUGGGUCUAUGGCUUAUGAUUUUAAUGGACGAGAAUCUGGUGUCUUUCCACACGUACAAACUCUUAGGAGAUUUCCUAAGGAGGAGCUUUAUGCAAGAAUUGUCAUGGUCAGAUUUGAUUCUGCUGUCCUUCUUCGGGACAAAUUGGACCCAAAAACAAAAUCAGUCACCAGUGCACUUUCUACUAUUAAGUAUUUAUGUGAAGCUGGAGCCAAAGUAAUUCUAUUGGGUGGCUGGAGUAAAAGAAUUAGCUCAGAACUGUUUGUAGCAGAGUCUGUUGCAGAUUUCCUGUCACUGGUUCUCCAACUCAAAGUUGUUGCAGCAAGAUGCAAUUCUUCUUCCAUGAUGUCUAAUAUGAAAGAGCUUGAGGAAGCAGAUGUUCUUCUUCUUGAGAAUCUUUCCGAGUUCAAAGAGGAACCCGCCAAUUGUUUGGAGUUUGCUGAAAGACUAUCAUCAGGAGUUGAUAUCUUUGUUAAUGACUGCUUUUCUCAAUCUCAUAGAAUUCUUGCAUCAACUGUUGGUGUUGCUCGCUUUUGCUAUGCCUGUCUAGCUGGAUUUCACUUUGAGGAAGGCCUAUAUCAACUAAAGAAGGUUGCAGAGAGCAACAAAAAACCAUAUGUUGCAAUUAUUGGAGGGGGUAGACUCCUAGACAAAGCAGCUGCAUUGCAUUUUUUGGUAUCUAAAUGCGAUGGGUUGGUGUUUGUUGGAAUGAUGGCAUUUCAAAUAAUGCAUGCUUUAGGACUGCCAGUUCCCUUUGAUUUGGUGGAACAGGGGGCAUCUAAAGAGGCUUCAAACAUAAUUCAGUUUGCGAGACAUAGAAAUAUACCAGUUCUAUACCCAAAAGAUUUUUGGUGCAUGAAUCAUCGACUUACAGAGCUGUUGGAAGUAUUCCCUGCUCAUUGUAUUUUGGAAGGUUGGGCUCCAGUUGAUCUUGGGCCUAAUUCAAUGGAUGAAAUAGAAUCCUUGCUUUUAAAAUGUAAGAAAAUUAUAUGGAUUGGUCCAGUGAAAUUCAGGUUAUCCAGUCAGGAUAUAACUGGGCCAUCUAAGCUGGCAUAUAUCCUUGAUAAACUAAGCCAAAGUGGUUGUGACAUAACAGUCGUUGGGAAUAUAGCAUGCAAAGCAUUUUUGAAGGAAUCGGAGUCUAUCUCAGAUUAUGAUAUGGUUGAAAAUGCUUCAGUGGUGUGGGAGUUUCUCAAAGGAAGAAAACUUCCUGGGCUGAUGGCCUUAGACAAAGCGUUCCCAUUUGAGAUUGAUUGGAAUGUUGCUUAUUGUGAUCCUGCACAACCAUUGGUAGUUGAUAUUGGAAGUGGUAAUGGAUUGUUCAUUCUGGGAAUGGCUACGAGGAGGAAAGAUUUAAAUUUUCUUGGAUUAGAGAUAAAUGAAAAGCUUGUAAGACACUGCCUGGACUCUGUUCAUCAGUCUGGCAUAAACAACGUAUAUUUCAUUGGUACAAAUGCAACGUCAACAUUCCGAUCAAUUGUUUCCAGUUACCCAGGAGAGUUGGUUCUUGUUUCGAUACAGUGUCCAAACCCUGAUUUCAACGAACCAGAACACAGAUGGAGGAUGGUACAAAGAUCAUUGGUUGAGGCAGUUGCAGAUCUGCUUGCACUUGAUGGAAAGGUCUUUCUGCAAUCUGACAUAGAAGCAGUUGCUGUGAGAAUGAAAGAGCAAUUUUUGAAUUAUGGCAAGAGCAAACUCUCUCUACUGGCGAACCAGGAGAAUGCCAGAGCUGAUCAAGAAGGAUGGCUUAAAGAGAACCCAUUUGAAGUACUGUCAGAUUGGGAGCAACAUGUUGUGGAUCGUGGAGCCCCUAUGUACAGAUUAAUGCUAUCUAAAUCAUUGAGUGCCAAAUGAAGAGAACUCUUUUGAAGAGAAUGGCAAAGUUAGUCAAGAAGGAUGGCUUAAAGAGAACCCAUUUGAAGUACAAUCAGAUUGUGAUCUGCAUGUUAUUGAUCCUGGAGCCCCUAUGUACAGGCUAAAGCUGCUUAGAUUAUUGAGUACGCAAUGGAAGGAGAUCAUUGUAUAUUACACCGCAGGUGCUCAUCCCAAGCAGUGUCUGUUUCUCCUGGGGGAACCUGCUAGCUAUGUUCUGCAUUUUUGUGCUAUUAUCGGUUUAGGAAGGAAAUGUGCUCUCUGCGCUGCUUUUGCCAUACAAAUUACUUGGCAUAAUUUCUUUACAGCAAGAUUACUCCCUUGUGAUGAAUCAUGGAUAGUGGAAGCAAUAACAAAAGCAUGGAGACACAUUUUAGUGAUACAUAUAUAUGAUGACAGGUUUUCAAUUGUCCAGAGGUCAAGCCCUUUGUUUUUAAACAACUUGAGUGGUUCAGGUUAAGCUCUCUUAGCUUUGGUUUUGAAUCGUGUAAAUGUGACUGCCUUCAUAAAGAAGGUUUUGUGUUUUUUUUUUUUUUUUCCUUAAGAUGGGAUUGCUGAGACUUUAUAUGCAUUAUUGUCGUACAAUCUAAAUUUAAUCUUUUAGGCAAAA